GACCUGCUGUGUGUAUCCACCAAUCUGAUUGACUUGCUCAGGGAGGCUGAAGCAUCUGUCUCCAGAAAUGUCUUCAGAAAGUAAAGAGCAACGUGACCUUUCACCCAAGGACUCAGUUGAAGGAAAUGACCGAUACAGUCAUCCAUCUAGGAUCCAUCCGGAGCUUGAAAAGGAAUCAAGUACUGACUUCAAGCAAUUCGAGGCCAGUGAUCCAUGCAGACCUUAUCCUAGGAUCCAUAUGGAGCCUCAAGAGAAAUCAAAUACUAACUGCAAGCAAUUUGUCAUCAAAAAACUACAGAAGAGUUGCCAGUGUAGUCCAACCAAAGCAAAAAAUAUGAUUUUUGGUUUCCUUCCUGUUUUGCAGUGGCUCCCAAAAUAUGAUCUAAAGAAAAACAUUUUAGGAGAUGUGAUGUCUGGCUUGAUUGUGGGCAUCUUAUUGGUGCCCCAAUCCAUUGCUUAUUCUCUCUUGGCUGGCCAAGAACCUAUUUAUGGUCUGUAUACAUCUUUUUUUGCCAGCAUCAUUUAUUUCCUAUUGGGGACCUCCCGUCACAUCUCUGUGGGCAUUUUUGGAGUACUGUGCCUUAUGAUUGGUGAGGUGGUUGACCGAGAAGUACACAAAGCUGGCUAUGACACUGUCUAUAUUGCCCCUUCUUUAGGGAUGGUUUCAAAUGGGAGCAUAUCAUUAAACCAGACAUCAGACAGGACAUGUGACAAAAGUUGCUAUGCAAUUAAAGUUGGCAGCACUGUAACCUUUAUGGCUGGAAUUUAUCAGGUAGCGAUGGGCUUCUUUCAAGUGGGCUUUGUUUCUGUCUACCUCUCAGAUGCCUUGCUGAGUGGAUUUGUCACUGGUGCCUCCUUCACUAUUCUUACAUCUCAAGCCAAGUAUCUCCUUGGGCUCAGCCUUCCUCGGAGUAAUGGCGUGGGCUCGCUCAUCACUACUUGGAUACAUAUCUUCAGAAACAUCCAUAAGACCAAUGUCUGUGACCUCAUCACCAGCCUUUUGUGCCUUUUGGUUCUUUUGCCAACCAAAGAACUCAAUGAACGCUUCAAGUCCAAGCUUAAGGCACCAAUUCCUACUGAACUUUUUGUCGUUGUGGCAGCCACAUUAGCCUCUCAUUUUGGAAAACUAAAUGAGAAAUACAAUACCAGUAUUGCUGGACAUAUUCCCACUGGGUUUAUGCCACCCAAAGCACCAGACUGGAACUUAAUUCCUAGUGUGGCUGUAGAUGCAAUAGCUAUUUCUAUCAUUGGUUUUGCUAUCACUGUAUCACUUUCUGAGAUGUUUGCCAAGAAACAUGGCUACACAGUCAAAGCUAAUCAGGAAAUGUAUGCCAUUGGCUUUUGCAAUAUCAUCCCUUCCUUCUUUCACUGCUUUACUACUAGCGCAGCUCUUGCAAAGACGUUGGUUAAAGAAUCAACGGGCUGCCAAACUCAGCUUUCUGGUGUAAUGACAGCUCUGGUUCUUUUGUUGGUCCUCCUGGUAAUAGCUCCUUUAUUCUAUUCCCUUCAGAAAAGUGUCCUUGCUGUGAUCACUAUUGUAAAUCUCCGGGGAGCCCUGCGUAAAUUUAAGGAUCUGCCCAAGAUGUGGAGGGUUAGCAGAAUGGAUACGGUUAUCUGGUUUGUUACUAUGCUGUCCUCUGCACUGAUAAGUACUGAAUUAGGCCUGCUUAUUGGGGUUUGUUUUUCUAUGUUUUGUGUCAUUCUUCGCACUCAGAAGCCAAAGAUUUCAUUGCUUGGCUUGGUGGAAGAGACUGAAAUCUUUGAAUCCAUGUCUGAUUACAAGAACCUUCAGGCUAAGCCGGGCAUCAAGAUUUUCCGCUUUGUAGCCCCUCUCUACUACAUAAACAAAGAAUGUUUUAAAUCUGCUUUAUACAAAAAAACUCUCAACCCAGUAUUAGUAAAGGCAGCUCAGAAGAAGGCAGCAAAGAGAAAGAUGAAAAAGGAAGCAGUAACUCUCAGUGGAAUCCAGGACGGAGUUUCAGUGCAACUUUCCUGUGAUCCCUUGGAGCUCCAUACCAUAGUGAUUGACUGCAGUGCAAUACAGUUUUUAGAUACAGCAGGGAUCCAUACACUGAAAGAAGUUCGCAGAGAUUAUGAAGCCAUUGGUAUCCAGGUUCUGCUGGCUCAAUGCAAUCCCUCUGUGAGGGAUUCCCUGGCCCGGGGACAGUAUUGCAAAAAUGAGGAAGAAAACCUUCUCUUUUAUAGUGUAUAUGAAGCGAUGGCUUUUGCAGAAGAAUCUCAAAAUCAGAAAGGAAUAUGUAUUCCCAAUGGUCUGAGUCUUUCCAGUGAUUUAUUGAGAUAGUAGAUGGAAGAAAAAAUAUUG